CGUUGCCCGUUGUUGUGGGCUCUUCUGGGGUCGGGACAUUGGCUGGCAAAGAAACAAAAAUGUAUUCCAGGAUCCGUUUUUGAGAAGUAAAUUCUACUGUCACAGGUUAUCGCGAAAUCUCAAACCCGCCAAGUAAUCCAGUAAUGGAACUGCCUUUCUUGGGUGAUACGUUGAUCGUUCUGGUUUCGCAGUUAAUUUUCUUCAUCGGAGGAUGGCUGUUUUUCGUGAAGCAACUGUUCCGGAACUACGAAAUACGGCAGCUGGUUGUGCAGCUCAUCUUCUCGUUGACCCUGGCCCUAUCGCUGACGAUGUUUGAGUUGAUUAUUUUCGAAAUAAUCGGCUUCCUAGACUCGACUUCGCGCUACUUUCAUUGGCGCCUCGGCCUAACGCUGCUGCUGAUUAUGGUCAUCGCGGUGAUACCGUAUCUCAUAGCCUACUCGUGCAUCAGCAACGUGCGGAUCGUGCCCGCAAAGUGGGUACAACCGCUGACCACACUCAUCUGGCUGUGCUAUCUGUACGGGUUCUGGCGCAUAGGCGACCCGUUUCCGCUGCUCAGCGUUAGCCGCGGCAUUUUUACGAUCGAGCAAGCGGUCUCGCGUAUUGGCGUCGUCGGCGUGACCGUGAUGGCGAUACUAUCCGGGUUCGGUUCCGUCAACUAUCCGUACACGAGUAUGUCCUACUUCAUACGGCCCGUCUCGCAGGCCGAUGUGAUCAACUUGGAGCGUAGGCUACUGCAAACGAUGGAUAUGAUACUGGUGAAGAAGAAGCGGAUCGCGCUCGAUCGCAGGAGAAACAAGCCGAACCAGAAGCAAAGCAUCUGGGGCAUGAUCAGCAGUGUAACGCAGAGACCGGCCGGUGCAGAAAAUAUUGGACAGUUGCGAUUGGAAAUUUCCGCCCUAGAGGAACUGUCCCGCCAGCUGUUCCUCGAGGUACAUUCCAUGAAAAACAUGCAGGAACGAGAACGGUGGGCCGGAACGCUGCAGGGAAAGUACUUCAACGUGCUGGGGCACUUCUUUAGUUUGUACUGUUUGUGGAAAAUUUUCAUCUGCACGAUCAACAUAAUAUUCGAUCGUGUAGGUAAAAAGGACCCUGUUACACGAGGCAUCGAAAUUGCGGUGCACUGGUGCGGUUUCGACAUGGACAUCGCCUUCUGGAGCCAGCACGUGUCAUUUCUGCUGGUCGGCUGCAUCGUGGUCACCUCGAUCCGGGGCCUGUUGUUGACGUUGACGAAAUUUUUCUACAAAAUUUCCUCCAGCAAAUCAUCAAACAUUAUCGUGCUGGUGCUGGCCCAGAUCAUGGGCAUGUACUUUUGCUCGUCGGUGCUGCUGAUGCGAAUGAAUAUGCCUGCCGAGUACCGGGUGAUCAUAACGGAGGUGCUCGGUGGGCUACACUUUAACUUCUACCAUCGGUGGUUCGAUGUGAUCUUUCUCGUGAGCGCACUGGCUACGAUCGUGGUGCUUUAUCUGCUACACAAACCACCAAACGUUGACAGCAGUAUGUGAAGGGUGUAAAGUGAAAAGUAUGAUCCUAACCCGCUGUGUAUCCUUUGCUCGUACUGCUCUACAAGUGUGAUUGUGCUUUAUUUUUAAAUCCAUUCCGACGUUCCCAAACAGCAUACCGACGGCCAUGACCAAAGGCUGUCAAAGAUUCUUGUUGUAAAUAA